AUGGCGACCGUCGUGCGCUUCCCGACCGAGCGCGUGCUCCCGCACUUUCCCGAGGCGAUUCGCACCUUUUUGCAGCUCUCGGUGGCCUUUGUCUCGAUCCACUACCUCUUGUGGUUUUGGGUCGCCGUCGCGGGCCUCUACUACCUCUACGCGAUUGGCUAUGGCUAUGUGAGCGCGGCUGUCGUCGCGCUCUACCUGCCGUCGUAUCUCAACGGCGCGCACCGCAAGCUCACGCCGGCGACCGGCGGUAUGCAGUGGGACGGUCUCCGCAUGCACUGGCUGUGGAAGCUCAUGUGCGAAUACGUUGGCCUCGAAAUUGUCCGGGAACAAGCGCUCGACGCGUCCAAGCAGUACAUCUUUGGCUUUCACCCGCAUGGCAUCCUCGUCCUCUCGCGCAUGUCGUGCUACGCUGGCAACUGGGAGAAAGUGCAUCCGGGCAUCGAAGUCCGCGCACUCGGCGCGACGCCCAUGUUUUACGUGCCCCUCGGGCGUGAAUUGUGCCUCUGGCUCGGCGCCGUGGAUGCGUCGCGCUCGACCGCGCAAAAGGUCCUCGACAAGAAGCUCAGCAUCGUCGUCUACCCGGGCGGUUCAAAAGAAAUCUUCUUGACCAACCCCAACAUCAAGCAAACCGAACUCGUGCUCAAGAAGCGUCUCGGGUUCAUCAAACUCGCCAUCAAGAACGGCGCCGACCUCGUGCCGACCUUUGUGUUUGGCGAAAAGUGGAUGUACAACCUGUGGAACCCGCCGAAAGGACUGCGCGCGACGGUACUCCAAGUGUUCAAAGUGCCGCUGCUUCUCUUUUGGGGCUGCUGGUGCACGUGGGUCCCGCUGCGUCUCGCGGGCAAGCGCCACAUGGGCAUCGUCUACGGCGCGCCGAUUGCGGUCGAACAAAAAGACGAUCCGACCGACGACGACUGCCUCGCGUACCACGCCACGUACUCGGCCGCUCUGCAGCGCAUCUUUGAUACGUACAAGAGUGACUUUGGCUACGACGACGACGAGACGCUCGUCAUCUCCUAA